GGUGCCAAGCGCAGCUGGACGAGCGGCGGCAGCUGGGCGAGUGACAGCCUCAGCUCCGCGCGCCGCGGCGGCCAGAGCCGGCGCAGGGGAAGCGCCCGCGGCCCCGGGCGGCAGCAGCGGCCGCCUCCUCGCGCGCCUCCCGGGCCCGCAGCCCGCGCUCCCGCGGCCCCGGGGCCGGCACCUCUCGGCUCCCGCUCCCCGCGCGCAAGAUGGCUGACCCGGCUGCGGGGCCGCCGCCGAGCGAGGGCGAGGAGAGCACCGUGCGCUUCGCCCGCAAAGGCGCCCUCCGGCAGAAAAACGUGCACGAGGUGAAGAACCACAAAUUCACCGCCCGCUUCUUCAAGCAGCCCACCUUCUGCAGCCACUGCACCGACUUCAUCUGGGGCUUCGGGAAGCAAGGAUUCCAGUGCCAAGUCUGCUGUUUCGUCGUGCACAAGCGGUGCCAUGAAUUUGUCACUUUCUCCUGCCCAGGCGCUGACAAAGGUCCAGCCUCUGAUGACCCCCGGAGCAAACACAAGUUUAAGAUCCACACAUACUCCAGCCCCACGUUUUGUGACCACUGCGGGUCACUGCUGUAUGGACUCAUCCACCAGGGGAUGAAAUGUGACACCUGCAUGAUGAAUGUGCACAAGCGUUGCGUGAUGAACGUCCCCAGCCUGUGCGGCACAGACCACACUGAGCGCCGAGGCCGCAUCUACAUCCAGGCGCACAUCGAGAGGGAAGUCCUCAUCGUCGUCGUAAGAGAUGCUAAAAACCUUGUACCUAUGGACCCCAAUGGCUUGUCAGACCCUUAUGUGAAACUGAAACUGAUUCCUGACCCCAAGAGCGAGAGCAAGCAGAAGACCAAAACCAUCAAAUGCUCCCUCAACCCUGAGUGGAAUGAGACAUUCAGAUUCCAACUGAAAGAAUCGGACAAAGACAGAAGGCUGUCUGUAGAGAUUUGGGAUUGGGAUCUGACCAGCAGGAACGACUUCAUGGGAUCUUUGUCGUUUGGGAUUUCCGAACUGCAGAAAGCCGGUGUUGAUGGCUGGUUUAAGCUGCUGAGCCAGGAGGAAGGCGAGUACUUCAAUGUGCCCGUGCCACCAGAGGGAAGUGAAGGGAAUGAAGAACUACGGCAGAAAUUCGAGAGGGCCAAGAUCGGUCAGGGGACCAAGGCUCCAGAAGAAAAGACGACCAACACCAUAUCCAAACUUGACAACAAUGGGAACAGAGACCGAAUGAAACUGACCGAUUUUAACUUCCUGAUGGUGCUCGGGAAAGGAAGCUUUGGCAAGGUCAUGCUCUCAGAGAGGAAAGGCACAGAUGAGCUCUAUGCCGUGAAGAUCCUGAAGAAGGACGUCGUGAUCCAAGAUGACGAUGUGGAAUGCACAAUGGUGGAGAAGCGGGUGCUGGCCCUGCCCGGGAAGCCGCCGUUCCUGACCCAGCUCCAUUCCUGCUUCCAGACCAUGGACCGCCUGUACUUUGUGAUGGAGUACGUGAACGGUGGUGACCUCAUGUACCACAUCCAGCAAGUUGGCCGGUUUAAGGAGCCUCAUGCUGUAUUUUACGCUGCAGAAAUUGCCAUCGGUCUGUUCUUCUUACAGAGCAAGGGCAUCAUUUACCGUGACCUCAAACUUGACAAUGUGAUGCUGGAUUCAGAGGGCCACAUCAAGAUUGCUGAUUUUGGCAUGUGUAAGGAAAACAUCUGGGAUGGGGUGACCACCAAGACAUUCUGUGGCACUCCAGACUACAUCGCCCCUGAGAUAAUUGCUUAUCAGCCCUAUGGGAAGUCCGUGGAUUGGUGGGCAUUUGGAGUCCUGCUGUAUGAAAUGUUAGCUGGCCAGGCACCCUUUGAAGGGGAGGAUGAGGACGAGCUCUUCCAGUCCAUCAUGGAACACAACGUGGCUUACCCAAAGUCCAUGUCCAAGGAAGCUGUGGCCAUCUGCAAAGGGCUGAUGACCAAACACCCGGGCAAACGUCUGGGUUGUGGACCUGAAGGUGAACGUGACAUCAAAGAGCAUGCAUUUUUCCGGUAUAUUGAUUGGGAGAAACUUGAACGCAAAGAGAUCCAGCCCCCGUAUAAGCCAAAAGCCUGUGGGCGAAAUGCUGAAAACUUCGACCGGUUUUUCACCCGCCAUCCACCCGUCCUAACACCUCCCGACCAGGAAGUCAUCAGGAAUAUUGACCAAUCAGAAUUCGAAGGAUUUUCCUUUGUUAACUCUGAAUUUUUAAAACCUGAAGUCAAGAGCUAAGUAGAUGUGUAGACCUCCGUCCUUCAUUUCUGUCAUUCAAGCUCAACGGCUAUCGUGGUGACAUCUUUUUUUCGUUGCAACGUUGCAUCCAUGUUUUAUUUGCUGACGAGACUAGAGUGACCAUGUUUCAGAACCCAAAUGUCCUCAGGUCGUUUGGAGCAUCUCUGUGAGAUGGGAUUAUGCAGAUGGCAUGGCGAAAAUGUUGCCGCAUAAUUAGCACAUUCGCAAAGUCCUCUUACAAUCCACGUUCGCCAGUGUAUCAGCUCAGUAGAUCCAGUGGGGACAGAAAAUGCCUGCUUUCUCUCCCUUUUUUCCAGCGCUCCCAUUUCACAUGUUUUUCCAACUCCGAGCAUCCAGUCUAGAUUAUUCCCACCAAGCGAGUCGAUGAUCGGACGCUAGCAGUAUUCUCUCCCUUCCUGCCGGACCCAGAGCUUGGCGUGUAUCCAAGUAUAUGGUGGCUUUCACUUAGAGGGAAGCCCUCCAUUCUGCCAGGUUUGGAGGCACCGUGAGCCGCAUGCUAAAAAUAAAAUUUUAUUUGUUAUUUUUUUUAGACUCAAAGUUAAGACGAUUAUCUCGGCCCUUUUAAAAUGCCGAGAGUGUGCUUUUAGACAGUCUCAAUCUAAAAGUACCUCAAGGGGUCAGUCAAAAGGCAGCCAGCUCGGGCACCACCUCCAAUGCUGUGAUUUCUGAUCCUCUGCAUCCCUGAUCACCUUCAUCCUCAAACUACUUGCAAAGGGCAUUUGCACCACUCCCUGAAAAGACAUGGUCACUCUAGCAAGGUCCCAGAGGACCGUGGUUUUACAUUACAUUUCAAAUUUUAUUUGCUUUGGGGUUUUAUUUCUGUUGUUGUUCGAACGCAAAAAGAAAAAAAAAAACCCACUUUGUUACACAUGCUUUGAAAUAUGUGUCCCAGUGUUAUUAACCACAAUGACCUGCUUUGAUUUGUCGAGAAGGCAGCUCUGGAGCCUGGCAGACCCAUGCCUGGGUGGAAGGGAUUCGCCUAGGUUUGUGGCUGGUUUUGGGAAACUAAAUAAGCACUCUGAGAAAGACACCAUUUCCUGAAACAUAGACAGUCGUAUUCUUCACUUUGAUGUUGUUUUGCAAGAUGUUUGUGGAAAUGUCCAUUUGUAUCUGGAUAUCUGUUCUGUGCCAUUUUUUUUCUAGCAUCGAGAUACAAUAAAAAAAAAAAAAGAAGAAAUGCUAUUUCAAGAAAACGGCUCUUUGAAAAACGUGGACCCAAACUACAAAGCAGGGCUCCUCAGGCUUUGGGACAGAAAGGAACUAAACCCAGAUUUUAACCUCAGCCCCAGGGUUCAGCUGGUCAGAGAGGCCAGGGCUGGGGACCAUUCAGGGACUUCUGGUGGCCUGUAGUGGGAUGGGAUGAGCUGGCUGAGGCUUCCAACGAUAUCGGAGCUCAAAGCCAGAGUCAAGUUUAGGGGCCAGCUAGGAGCAUGGCUGGAGAUCUUGAUUUUCUUAUCAAAAUCACCACUCCUCCCAGCUUGGACUAAAUAUUCUUUCUUGCAAGCAGCUUUGUGAGCCCCCAGAAGCCAAGGAAAGCCCUCGGGUGGGAGAAAUCCUGUUUCUGCCUGAGUGGAUGAGGACAGCAGGGUGUUUCCCAUCCUUGCCUACUGCCUCCUUCUAUUCUCAGGCAGCCCUACAGAGAAUUCCUAUCACAAGUCGAGUGAUUUCCAGAAGCACCAGGGCUUCUAAGAGACCAUCAGGAGAACUUUAGAAACUUGACUAAUGCCGUUGAAGUAAGACUUCUCAUCUUUAAGAAAAGCGUGCUUUGGAUUUGCACAGGCAGAGAGGCCCCUGGCUCGCUCCUGUCUGCCCUCCGCGUCUCCUUGCUGCAGGACCUCAUGUGUGGCAAACUUGAAGUCUCAGCUGAUGAGCUCAGGAAGUUAGAGAAGGAGGGAAAUUGGGGCGGAACCCUCCACCCCCAUUUUAUUGUGGGGGAAACUGGCAUCUGGAGAGAGGAAGUGACUUGCCCAAGGUCAGUCAGCUGGGGUGCAAACCCAGGUUUCCUGAUUCGGUGCAAGACUCUUUCCACUCUAUAGCUGGCAUCUCUGAGCCAUGCCCACCAACAGGCAAGUUAUUUGAGGUCCUUCGUCUGGCUGUUGGGUCACCAGGUCUUUCCUUGGACAUGCUGUCAGGAAGAUAAAAACCAUACAGAAGCAUUGGGCCACUGACAGAUUAUUUGAGACAACUUUAGAGAACAAUGUAAGAUAGGUAGAUAGGUAGCUAUAGAUAGAUGAUAGAUGAGAUAGAUAGAUAGAUAGAUAGAUAGAUGAUAGAUAGAUAAGAUGAUAGAUAGAAAAAAUAUAUUGUAUAUACACACCGCACUCUACAUUUUCCAAAUUGCUGCCAUUAUUUUUUCAAAAUAGUUUAAUAGUUUGCAGAAAGAGGUACUCAAGCCAAAGUCUUUGUUCCCCUAACACACCUUGCUGAGGGCUGGUCAACAAAGGCCUCUGUGGAAGUGAGGGAUCCUUGGUCAGAAUUCCUGCAGUUUCCUUUUCUAUCAAUGUUUUAAGUACAAGGAAGACCAAGAAACAGAGCUUUCAGCAUACGUAAUCUCUGGGCAACACUUUGCAAAUUUAUUCAGGAAGAAAGAUUUUUCCACAUCAUUGUGCCAUCGUCCAUGUAUUCCACUCUCCGUUCAUCUGGGAAGCAUUCGUUGAGCACCAGCUGAGUGUCAGGCUCUCUGCUGGGUGUCAGCAGCACAGUAGGGAGCCCUACAGAUGCCGCUGCCACUAAAUAAGUGAUUGAAAGCAUGAUGUGAUCUAGAGAUAACCAGUCUCUGAGUUAGCCGGUGGAGCCUUCUUACAAGAAAGAAAAAGUCAUCAGAAGUCUUCAGGGCCCAUCUUUCUCUCUGCAGACCAUAGUUUGAGGCUGAAGGAGGAAAUGCAGCAAUGCUCUCUUGACCCAGAUUUCUGGGGCAUUCCUCGAGUGCA